GCGGUCCAAGCGAAGGAUGAAGCUGGAGACGGCCCUGGCCAUAGCCCUAGUCCUGGCUGUGGCAUCUUGGACACAGGAGUUUUUCCCUAAGGAGGCCCAGACCCUCAACUGGAGCAAGUUUUCAGGCUUCUGGUACAUUCUUGCCAUCGCCACAGACACCCAGGGGUUCCUACCGGCUAGAGACAAGAGGAAGCUGGGGGCAUCUGUGGUCAAGGUGCACAAAACAGGCCAGAUCAGGGUGGUCAUCGCCUUCAGCCGGCCUCGGGGAUGCCAGUCCAGGGAGGUGACUCUGAAGAAAGACAGGAAGAGACCUGUGUUCAGGAAUGCCGUCAGGGGGGUAAAGGGCUUCCAUGUGCUGUCCACUGACUACACCUACGGCCUGGUAUACCUCCGCCUGGGGCGUGCAGGCAGCAACUACAAGAGCCUGCUGCUUUUCAACAGACAGAACAUCUCUAGCUUCCUGAGUCUGCGAGAAUUCCUGGACACCUGUCAUAUUCUACAGCUCACCAAGCAGGCCACCAUCCUUCCAAAAGACGAUUCCUGUGCACACACGAUCCUGCCUUGACAGCCAGCCACCUUCUGCUUAGUCCUUUGACUUGAGAGUCCUCCAGAUCCUGGGAAUGCUGUUCUGGGUGGUGGCUGUGACAUUCAGUGGCCGGUUCAGAGACAUUUGGUGACUGUAGGCCAGUGACUGGCUGGCUGCAGAGAGCUUGAGCUGUCUUGCAUCUUCCAAUCCCAGCAAACUUCCCCUGGGCUGCACUCAUGGCCUUCUCUUUGGUCUACCUGCCCUGCAGGGUCCUGGACUUCACCAGAGGCAGAGUUUGGAAUUUACCAUUACUUCAUCCUGGGGAGGCCAGAACUGACCUCAGGCUCGCCCUGCUCCCAUUUCCUUGUUUUCUUUGGAAAAGGCUUUCUUUAUUUGGGGGGCUAGAGAUAGCUCAGUGGUUAAGAGAACACAUUGCAGAGAAUUCAAGUCCAAUCCCAGCAUCCAUAUUGCGUGGCUCACAACCGCCUGCAACUCCAGCUCCAGGGGAUCCAACAGCCUCUUCUGGCCUUUGUGGGCACUGCACACACAUGUACAACUUGCCACACAUACGUAUAAUUAAAAAUAAAGAUCUUUGAAAAGUUUUCA